UCUGUAGCUCAACAAAAAAAUCUUUCAAAGGUAGCAAUUUUGAAAAAGCAUUAUGGCAUUAGUUUCUGGAGGAAGGUCAACAUUGAAUCCAAAUGCGCCCAUCUUCGUUCCUUCAUAUGUGCGCCAGGUGGAGGAUUUUUCACCAGAAUGGUGGAAAUUGGUGAAAACAUCAACAUGGUUCCAUGACUAUUGGAUGAGCCAGAAUCAGGGAGAGGAAUAUGGUGCUGGUAACGAUGUUGCUGAUUUGCUUCCUGAAAAUAUUGAUCUCGAUGUCGAUGAAGAUAUCUUGAACAUGGAAGCUCAGUAUGAGGAAUUUCUCCAAUCAUCCCAAAGUGGGCAACAAGGAAUUAAGUCAUCUCUUUAUGGUGUCAAUGGGAUACCACAAUAUGGUUUACCCUCUGAUGCACUGAUGAGAACAUUGAGUUCACCAAGAUCACCCAUUGGGCCACCCAAAUACUUUGAGAAGCCAGCCAAGAUCGUGAGUCCGCGCAACAGCUUCCGCAGCAUCCAGCAGCCUCGCUGAAUCGCUAGUCUCUUGGUCUGUCUUCAGGAAGUCAGUCCUUAGUUUGCAGUUACUAUAGACAAGCUGCGGUUUAGAAAGCAUCAAGUUUUUAGUUUUUUCAUGUAACCUUUUGUAUAGAGCAAGGUAGGUGGCACUCUUGUAUCUAGCCUUGUUCAUAAUCUGAUAUCAUUUCUUUAGCUUAACUUUGUAAACAACAGAACCGUAAAAGGAACAAAAAAAUGUGUAAAAACCAGUUGAACAAAAGUUAAAAAAACAGAGCAGUUUUUUAAGUUUCA